AUGAUGUUUGCCGAGCUGGCUGCUGAGCGCCUUCGUCAAGAGACAGAAUUUCGUCUGGGAAAUAGGCAGAGUGCAGACUUGAAUGCGUCAAUGGCCGCAAAAACUUCUGGGAUGGAAUCGGAUCGUGGAUACGCUAUACCUAGACCUCAGGCUCAGCGUUCAUAUGGCAGCUUCUCCUUAUCUCCUAUGAAUUCUCCAUUGGCAAACACCAAUAAAUACGCCAUGAAAGUCGGAAACAACUAUCAAAUGCCAACAAUGCCAAUGAGAGGGCUGCAGCAGAUGACCUUACCUACUACGGUAAUUUAUUCUACAUAAUU